UUGGACGAAGGAGUGAGGGAGCCGCUUUGUGCGAUUGGCUACGCCGCUGUCACUCCUCCACCCUCCCAUGUCAGUGCUGGUGGUGCGCGCUUGGUUUCUGGGCCUGAGGCGGGACUGCUGGUCAGGCCGCGCGAGGAAGGGGUCCGCAUUAUCUUCGCGGCAAGGGACGGAGGAGGAGGAGGAGGGAGCUUGAGCCGAGACGCCGCGAGGUAAUGCCGGGACCCAGGAGGGAGCUGGCGCGGCGCUGAGAGAACGAGGCUAGCGGGGAGAGAGAUGCGCUGGCCUUGCAGGUCCGCGCCUCCAGUUGCUGCCUCCGACAGUGUGUGCAGCCGCAGCUUAGGUGGGUGAAUCUGGUUAGCUUCGGAGCUGAGCAGCCGGGAGAGGAGGGAAGCUUCCCUUCCGGGCCCCCUUUUUCUUUGAAAGGCCCGUCUUCGGGGGGCUGGUGGUGGAAGCGAGUGACAUUCCUCGGCUGCCGCUUCCCGCCCCCGGAAUUUAAGGAAAGGGGACGACAGGAGGAUGACCCGCAAAAUGGAGUGAAAUGUACGCUCGGUUUUUAUUCUGUAAAGCCCAGUUGGAGAGCUGCGAAAUGAGUACUUUUCCGGAUUUCCUUGGGGAGAUUUAUCUAAGUAGCUAAAUACGGUAUGCGGUGUUUCUUCUACGAAGCAUUUUUUUUCCCGUUUUUAUUUUUUAUAAUUUUGGUGGGGUCUGGAAAGCUCAGAAAGCCAGGUCGUAAAAUUCUUGUUCUAGCUGUCUCGUCUCAGUUUUGCAAAGGCAUUGCGACUUCAAGGAGAGAAAUGGUAACAUAAUCCAUGGGUAAAGUUGGGAAAAUGUGGAACAGCUUCAAGUACAGAUGCCAAAGUCUCUUUAAUCCUGAAGGUGGAAAUAGAAAUGAAAAUGUAGACAUAAAUUCCAAUAGUGCAUCUGUUAGAGAUAAAAGUGUUUGUGUGCCUGGUCCAACUCAGCAGCAACCAAGCAGUCCUUUGCAACUGAAUCUAAAUACUUCAAAAGGCUUUUCGAGAAAGAAUCAAAACUGUGCCACAGAAAUCCCUCAGAUUGUUGAAAUAAGCAUUGAGAAAGAGAUUGACUUGAAUGCUGCCUCAGGAGCUAAAUUUGCACGAAGGGAUUCCUACUCAAGGCAUGCUCCAUGGGGUGGGAAAAAGAAACAUUCCUGCUCUACAAAAACCCAGAGCUCAUUGGAAAGUGAUACAAGAUUUGGCUGUUCUCACUUGCAAAGGAGGGAAAGAAGAUACGGUGUGAGCUCAGUUAACGAUACAGAUAGCAUCUCAAGCAGAACCAUAGGAAAUCGUUCUCUGAGGCAAAGAUUGCAGGAAACUGUAGGCUUAUGUUUCCCUAUGAGAACUUACUGCAAACAAUCUAAGCCUCUUUUUUCCAACAAAAGGAAGAUCCAUCUUUCUGAACUAAUGUUAGAAAAAUGUCCUUUUCCUGCUGGAUCAGAUCUGGCCCAAAAGUGGCAUUUAAUUAAGCAGCACACCGCUCCAGUGAGCCCACAUUCUGCUAUUUUUGAUGCAUUUGACUCCUCCUUGGCUUCUACAGAAGAUGAGGAAGAUAGGCUGAGAGAGAGACGAAGGCUCAGUAUAGAAGAAGGCGUGGAUCCUCCUCCCAAUGCUCAGAUACAUACUUUUGAAGCUACUGCACAGGUUAAUCCAUUAUAUAAAUUAGGGCCAAAGCUGCCGCCUGGCAUGUCUGAACUGAUGGGAGACUGCAAUUCAACAACACAAGGAAGUUGUGAUUUGGAGGAAGACACAACUACUCUCUGCUUGCAGUCACGUAGACAAAAGCAGCGCCAAAUAUCUGGUGAGAGCCAUAGCCAUAUCAGCAGGCAAGGAGCUUGGAAAGUCCAUACUCAGAUUGAUUAUAUUCACUGCCUAGUGCCAGACUUACUUCAGAUUACCAGUAAUCCCUGCUACUGGGGUGUGAUGGACCGUUAUGAAGCAGAAGCACUUCUAGAAGGAAAACCUGAAGGCACUUUUUUGCUCAGGGACUCUGCUCAAGAAGACUACCUCUUCUCUGUGAGCUUCCGCCGUUACAACCGGUCUUUACAUGCACGCAUCGAGCAGUGGAAUCACAACUUCAGUUUUGAUGCUCAUGAUCCCUGUGUGUUUCACUCCUCUACUGUAACAGGGCUUCUGGAACAUUACAAAGAUCCAAUUUCUUGCAUGUUUUUCGAACCUCUACUUACAGUUUCUCUAAAUAGGACUUUUCCUUUCAGCUUGCAAUAUAUCUGCCGGGCAGUAAUUUGCAGGUACACUUCAUAUGAUGGGAUUGAUUGUCUUCCUUUGCCAACAAUGUUGCAGGACUUUCUGAAGGAAUAUCAUUAUAAGCAAAAGGUUAGAGUACGAUGGUUGGAGCGGGAACCAAUUAAGGCAAAGUGAACAGAGUUCAGAAUCCCUAGUAAACUCACAUUGUGAUUUUUUUGUGUAUGUGUUACAGUAUAUCACGUUAAGCACAUCAGUGUUCAGCUUUUAAUGUACUUUGAGCUUAUUGUGUUUAUGAUGCUGCCUCCAGUUAGUUGUGAAUACCUCUUGAAACAUGAACAGAACACAAAAUCACAUUUUUCAUCAAUUUUAUUUUGCCAGUUACAAAAUAUGUCUACUUUCUAUUACAAUAUUAAUAUAAGACAGCUAUUGGGCAUUAACUUCUAAAUUCUAUUCAGUUUCAUAAUUCACAAUAAAGUAGCUUGCUAGCUUUUUUUCUUCUUGAUUAAUAUGAGCACUUAGAUACCAAAAAUUGAUUCGAUAUAACUGCAUUCUCAAUGAAAAAAUACUACUUUUCAUACUUCACUAUCUCCUAUGCUAUUUUUUAUAUCAAAACUGUUUUAAGAGGAAAAAUCAUGAGUAACGGGAAAUCACUAUAACAUGUCAUUUCUAUAUUUUUAAAUCACGUGCAUUAAGAAGUUCUGUACCAAUAUUUGGUUCCAGGAUUGUCUCCAAAUUAAAACAUUUUAAUAGAUUAAUCAUGUGGGAAUAAUUAGAUAAUUAAACUUACCAAAAAUGAAUAUAAAUAUAAAAAAUAGUUCUAAAACAGACGGGAAAAAAUACCUUCAGAUAUAUUGGUGAUAGAUGAAACUUAUAGUCUAGUAAAGAGGUCCCCAAGCCACAGACUGGCACCGUGCCACACAAGCGAGUGAAGCUCCAUCCAUGCACAUACAGGAUCCAGGCAGUGUGCAAAACCACACCCUGCCGGUUUGGAAAAAACACCUUCCACGGAACCAGUCCAUGGUGCCCAAAAACUUGGGGGACCUCUAGGCUAGCAGGUCUCAUGGAUGCAAGAGAAGUUUACCUUAUCAGCACAGCGAAGGAGCAAUGCCUAUUUAGAUAAUUCCAUAUGCCAUAACUUGUUUCAUUAAUCAGGGUCAUCUUCACUCUGCUUUUUCUAAAUUAACCCUUUGGUAUUUUAAAAAAAUCCAGUAGUUUCUAAUUAAUCAACCACUGCAAUAAAUAUUGUGGUUAAGCUGAACUUUGCUCUUAAAUUAACAGUUGGAAUUUGUGUUAACUCAGAAGUUCUUGGUCUGAUCUGCAAGUUCUGUUCAAGAGACUUGUGGAAAUGUAGUGUAACACUGAAGACUUUCUGAACUAGAUCUUGCAUUUGAUUUAUUUUUUCUGAUCAUGGUGAUCAAGGCUAUUUUAAUCUGGGUUGGAUUAUGAAACAGGCUAACUAACACAACCUUGGUCCAGGUUUCUGCUUUUCAAAAUAGAAUACUGCUACAGGUUACUGCAUUUAGUAAUUAAAGGGACUCUUAACAGCCUAACCUUAUUUCCAUUAUUUGUAAAAGCAUUGUUUCUGAGGAUACUAGUACUAAAUAAAAAGGUUUAUUCAAAUAUGGGUUAUGCACUUCAAUUGGUAGAAAAUUAAUUGGGAUCUUAUGAACCAUUUAAUUUAUUUCAAUUUGUGUGGCUUGUCAAAUAUAAAUAAAAAGCUUACCACUCUGA